ACCAAACUGAGACACAUCAUUUCCCAUAUGAAUAAAGCAGGGAAUAGAUUCAUAAUUAGUUCUGUGUUUUGUUUUGUGGCUCUAAAGCAGAGAGACCUGCACUAUGGAAUUCCCUUUUUUCUUCCUCAUCUCAUCUGUUUCAGCAGCAUUAGGCAUGGUGAAUGUAUUCAUUACAAAAUCAGUGAUAUCCCACUGCCACCAGGCGAUCACUCUUCAUUGUAAUGUGUCUCUCAGUGUCCAGCAGAACAGUGAAUUCCAGGUUACUCAUUUUAAAUGGAUUAAAGCACCAAACGAAACCCUGUGCACACAGAGUCAGACAACAAACAAAAGCUUCUUCUACUGUCACUACACACCAAACAAACAGCUGGUGCUAACUAUUGCCCAGCCAAAACCAGAUGACAUCGGCCUCUAUAUCUGCAAAUUCCGAUCCUCUCAUGGAUAUGGAAAUGCUGGAACCAAUGUGACAGUAGCAUGUCCUCAGAAAAUUUACCGCAUACAUGAAGAUGAAAAAAACAAGGUGACCUGCAAAGUUGAGAGUUCAUACCAUGGUGGGCACAUCCACUGGUUUUAUGGAGCAAUCAAUCUAACAAGCCAAUCAACUGAGAACAUUUAUCCUGAAGAUGAUAGCUCAUAUAUAGUGGUCAGUUCCCUUAAGGACAGUUCACAUGGGAAAACAUAUAACUGUUCUUACUGGGUACCUCAUAUUGAUUAUUAUAUAACAAGCAAGAGCAUUUCUAUGGAGUAUAACAACACACAUUCUUUCAGCAGCAUUAACAGAUGCAAAGUCACUGGACUGGUUUUCUGUCUGUGUCUUUUAUGGACUUUUAACAUCUGAUAUAAUGUUUACUGAAAAAUUAUACAAUUAUUUUUUCAGCUGAGACUCAUUGGCCUAGCCAGUGUGAAGAACAUGUAAAAGUACAUUUGAAGGCCAUUCAAGUGUAUGUGUGAGUGUGUGGAAACAAUUGAAAAUGAAAGAAAAGGGUUUGCUGUAUGGCUUCCUCCUGCCUGGGCCUGCUGUUUCAACAUAGCACCAAGAAUCUAUCAGAAAGUUGUCAGUCUUUACCCUUUUAUAGUGUGUAAAACUACAUGUACACAAUGUCUAGCAGGAACCUGCACAAUUUUAUAAAAAUUUUAAUACAUUGUUUUGAUACACUGUGAAAAAUUCUGUAUUUUCCCACAGUCUACCCCAGCCAGGUUCAAAUCAGGGGAGGGAUCAAACUAAUAAAUAUCUUUGCAUAUGUGGCUCUUACCACAAUCCAUCAGUAUGGCAAAAAUAAUCCCUUCUCAGAGGGCCCAAAUAAUGUUUGCAGAGAGAAGGAAGUGUGGAAGGUCUUCCACUUUGGAUGUAGAUGAAUUUUCUGAUUAUGAGGAUCAUGUCUCUAUCAAUUAUGAGUAUAAACAAAAAUGUGAAAGAAGAGGAUGAGAUUGACUAAGCCAGCCUCAUACUAUAAGUAUUUAAUAUCAAGUGUUUUUUGCCUUAAUUGUUAUUCAUGAGCAUAGUUAAUGUUGUGGGCCCAUUAGACCAGAGGACAUUAGAUGAAUAGUACAAAUAUGACUACCACACAAAAGUUAUGACAUUAGUGCAGUUUCUACAGAAAAAGUAAAAAAAUCAAAGAACAAAGCUUAUCGGCCCAUCCAUCCAGCACCUCCAGCCACAUUGCAAAGCCUGUAUUUGUUAUGAGGAUACUAAUGUCUGAUCCAUGUGCAGAAGUUUAUUAACAAAGUCAGAAGAGUCAGGCAAAUCCAUAAAUCAAUAAACCGAAUACAGGUAACAAGCCAGAGAAGCAACCCAGUUUGGCAAACAAUCCAAAUCACAAACACUAAAUAAAGAAUCACUAAAACAGUCCAAAAUCUAGAACCAGAUGUACAGAUAUAAGGUAAACUGAUAUAGGACUGCUCAGAAUUGAUGUACAGGCCAACAAUACUUCACACAGAGUGCGCAACAAGCUAAGGUAUAUAUAAGUACAUGGUAAUGAAGCAUAGGUGAAAACAAUGAGUACAUGAUUUUCAAAAUUCAGGAGAUGAGAAUAUCCUGUGGCGAGGAGGGGAAACAGCUGGGUGAAUUGUUAGCAUUACAUUAUGACACAAUUCAUGCUGAAAUGUGCCACUGAAAUUUUUAAGGUCAUACUGAAGUGAUCAGGGAUCUUGUUUGAAAUAAACUUCAGCCACUUAUUUCUAAUGCUGGGAUCAUUUGGAAGGAUAUGCUGAGCAGCAGGUGCUAAACACAGAUAGGAAGUUUGGCUGACCUUCCAACAUUUAACUCUUUAACAUUGGUUCUUUUGCUGUUGUUUAGGUAUAAUAUCUAUCCUACUUCUUCCUUUUUACCUCAUUGUGACUGGUGAGCUAUGUUUCUUAUAAACAAAUAUGCAUUGUUGUAAAAAAAAUAAAAAACAUAAUUGGCAGUAACUGUAACCUACAUAUAUGCUUCAUGUAAACAC